CCGGAGCCCAAGUACGGAGACCAUAUUUACAGGUCCGUGUGACAGCUAUGAGUGGAAUUUUAAAGGGGACCUUUGAAGAAGCUGACAGCGCCUCCCUCUGCUCCUCUGUGCAGGAAUCAGAUGAUGACGUUUUUAGCUGUGACAGUGCUGAGAGUCUUGAUAGUAUCAGUCUGUCCAUACCUGAUCAUUUACCCAAAAAAGUAAGAAGAUAUCAACAGACUGAAAAGGUAUAUUCAGAAGCAUAGACUCUUGGGAGGACACUGCAGUUCAUGAGGCCACAAGGUACAUGUGACAACGCUGCAGCUAUGAGUGGAAUCUUAAAAAGGAAGUUUGAAGAUGUGGACGCCUCCUCGCCCUGCUCCUCUGCCCGGGAAUCAGAUGACGAAGUCUCCAGCAGUGAGAGCGCUGACAGCGGGGACAGCGUCAACCCGUCCACCUCCAAUCACUUCACCCCUUCCUCCAUCCUCAAAAGAGAGAAACGGCUGAGGACAAAGAAUGUGCAUUUCAGCUGUGUCACCGUGUACUACUUCACCAGGAGACAGGGCUUCACCAGCGUGCCCAGCCAGGGGGGCAGCACGCUGGGCAUGUCCAGUCGUCACAACAGCGUGCGCCAGUACACCCUGGGCGAGUUUGCAAGGGAGCAGGAACGGCUGCACCGGGAGAUGCUGAGAGAACACCUCAGGGAGGAGAAGCUCAACUCUCUAAAGCUAAAGAUGACUAAGAAUGGCACAGUGGAGUCUGAAGAAGCGAGCACUCUGACAGUCGAUGACAUUUCCGACGAUGAUAUUGAUUUAGACAACACAGAAGUAGACGAAUACUUCUUCCUACAACCCCUGCCCACAAAAAAACGGAGAGCCCUGCUGCGUGCCUCUGGAGUGAAGAAGAUCGACGUGGAAGAGAAACACGAGCUGCGAGCCAUCCGCUUGUCUCGGGAAGACUGUGGCUGCGACUGCAGAGUGUGCUGUGACCCAGAAACAUGUACCUGCAGCCUGGCAGGCAUUAAGUGUCAGGUGGAUCGUAUGUCUUUCCCGUGCGGCUGCACUAAAGAAGGCUGUAGCAACACAGCAGGUAGAAUUGAAUUUAAUCCUAUCCGUGUCCGGACUCAUUUUUUGCACACAAUCAUGAAACUCGAACUCGAGAAAAAUCGCGAGCAGCAAAUCCCCACGCUGAACGGCUGCCACGGUGAGAUAAGCCCCCACGGUACUUCCAUGGGCCCCGUCGCUCACUCGGUAGAAUACUCCAUCGCAGACAAUUUCGAGAUCGAAACAGAACCCCAGGCUGCCGUGCUGCACCUGCAGGAGGAGCUGGAUUGCCACGGAGAGGAGGAGGAAGAGGAGGAGGAUGGAAGCAGCUUCUGCAGCGGAGUCACUGACUCCAGCACACAAAGCCUGGCCCCCAGUGAAUCGGAUGAGGAGGAAGAGGAGGAGGAGGAGGAAGAGGAAGAGGAGGAAGAAGAUGACGAUGAGGACAAGGGAGACGGCUUUGUAGAAGGGCUGGGAGCCCAUGCUGAAGUCGUCCCUCUUCCUUCUGUUCUUUGUUACUCGGAUGGCACCGCAGUUCAUGAAAGCCACACAAAGAACGCUUCGUUCUACGCUAGCUCUUCAACCCUGUACUACCAAAUAGAUAGCCACAUCCCAGGAACUCCUAGCCAGAUCUCUGACAGCUAUUCGGAAAGAGAUACUGUCAAAAACGGUGCCCUGUCGCUGGUGCCUUACGCCAUGACCCCAGAGCGAUUCGUUGACUAUGCCAGACAAGCGGAAGAGGCCUACGGGGCCUCCCACUACCCAGCUGCCAACCCUUCUGUCAUUGUUUGCUGCCCCACUUCUGAAAAUGAUAGUGGGGUGCCCUGUAACACCUUAUACCCCGAACACAGGCCCAAUCUUCCCCAAGUGGAAUUUCACUCAUACUUGAAAGGCCCUUCCCAGGAAGGGUUUGUCUCCGCGUUGAACGGCGGGGACGGCCACAUUUCCGAGCAUCCAGCGGAGAAUUCUCUGAGCCUUGCCGAAAAGAGCCGCCUGCACGAGGAGUGCAUUAAGUCCCCCGUGGUGGAGACGGUCCCCGUUUAGUUGCUUAGAUUAUUCUAUUAGAGCACCGAGUCUUCUAUUUAAGGCACUGUAUUGCAUUUCCUGGGCUCGUUUGUUUAACCGGAAGACCAAGAAAAUGUGGACUGUGAUGACCUCCAGACACGAUUUCUUUUUCUCCUUUCUAGCUUCCCAACUCUGGCGUGACACAAAUAAAUCAAAGUCGCUAUGGGGAUUUUGAACGAUUUUGAACUGUUUUUGAUAGAAAAAUGCUAAAUUAAAAAAAAAAAAAACGCAUAUCUCACAGUUGCCUACCUUUCAAACUGGGCGAAACCUGCCGAGCUGUGCAGACCAUAGCUCCACGUCUUAGAUUGUCGGGCCUGUGCAAGAUUGUUAACUAAGACUAGAAAAAUAAUCAGAUUUAGAGACCUAAUUUUCGAUAUAUCUGAAGAUGGUGGUGACUUUUUAAUGUAAAAGUAAUGAUUGUCAGAAAAAAAAAAGAUUGAAUCGUUUCUUGUGUAUUUUCUUUCCGGUAGUUUAGAAGUCACGCUUUGAAGAAAAUGAACAGCGGGCUCACUGAAGCUGCCGUUGCGUUAGCUAGCACCACAGAGCAUGCCCACGAGGAUUGCACCUGGAAUCCGCCCACGUUUUUAUGAUCCUGACUAAGCAGAUUUGCAGAUUCUUUCUUAAGGAUGACAUAGGCCUAUUUUUGCUAUGUGGGACAAAUGAGUCUAUAUAUAUAUGCGCAGGUCCUUACGCAGUUCUCUCUAAAGUUCAGAGUCAGGACAAUCCUCUGGUGAGGGUCCAGUUCGCUGCCCUCCCCUCGGCUGAGAGAGAUGGUAUUGCCUUUCUUUUUUAAACAGUGUCAUCUUGUUUAUUAGCUUUGACUGCACCUUUAAACUCUACCCCCUCCAUCAAAAUGCACUUUAGUGCCCCUUCCCGGUACCUCGCGUGGGGUGGGGUCUCAGAACGCUUUGAAAUCAAAACUUUUUACUUAUAAAAAAGUCGACUAUUGUGAGGUUCAUACAACAGAGGUAGAGGAUCCUUCCAGUGGCGCGAAGGAAAAUGGCCUGUUUUUCUUCACCGCUCUGAGGACCUAACUC